AUGAAGCUCCUUUUUGUUUUUGUUUCAAUCUUUUCCAUUGCCAAUUUAAGUUCAAGGAAUGUAUUAGCUUCGCCUCAUUAUUUCAAUGUUCUUCAUUAUGGAGCCACCGGAAAUGAUGAAACCGAUGAUUCACAAGCUUUCUUAAAAGCUUGGAAAGAUGUAUGCGAAGCAACCAAAGGCAUUCCAACAUUACAUGUUCCACUCGGAAAAUCUUACCUAUUGAACCCUCUCACUUUUCAGGGUCCUUGCAAGUCCAAACAAGUCAAUAUACAACUUAGAGGAACUCUAGUAGCUCCAAAGAAGGGUGCAUGGCCAACUGACAAGAAAGAUAAAUGGAUCGAAUUUCAUGACAUAGAUGGACUUACAAUUAAUGGGGGAGGACAAAUUGAUGGCCAAGGUUCUUCUUGGUGGGAAGAUUGUGAAACACAUUGUGAACGACCAACGGCAUUAUUUUUCCACAAUUGCAACGGUUUUCUAUUAAGAGAUAUGAAGCACGUCAAUAGUGGAAGGAACCACAUCUCCAUAAAUGCUUGUAACAAUGUUAUGGUCUCAAAUAUUCAUAUAAUUGCUCCUGAGGCGAGCCCGAACACAGAUGGAAUUGACAUUGCAAGAUCAACCAAUGUUUUUAUUCAAAAAUCUUUCAUGGCAACGGGUGACGAUUGUGUUGCCAUUAACAAUGGAUCUUCCAACAUCAAUAUCGUAGGGAUUACUUGUGGCCCUGGCCAUGGCAUAAGCAUUGGGAGCUUAGGAGCAGAUGGACAAUACAACGUAGUUGAAGAUGUACAUGUGAGAAAUUGCUUCUUCAAGGGAGCUCAAAAUGGAGUUAGAAUCAAGACUUGGGAGGGUGGAUAUGGAUAUGCAAGGAACAUCACAUUCGAAAAAAUAACACUCAUGAAUACAAGAAAUCCAAUCAUUAUCGAUCAAUAUUACACUACUUCAGCAAGUUCAAGAAAAAAUAAGGUAAUAAAUAUAAAAGUGAGUGAUGUGACAUAUCGUGAAGUUCAUGGAACAUCAGCAAAUGAAAAUGCAAUUACUUUGAAUUGUUCUCGAGCUCGUUGCACCAAUAUUCUAAUGGACAAUGUGAACAUAAGGACAUCAACACCAGGAGAAGAAGCCAAAGCUUUUUGCCAAAAUGUUGAAGGAAAAGUCGAUCGUGCUGUUCCCAGUGUACCUUGCUUAUCAAAAUUUGAUUAA